AUGCCUUUAUCUAAGGAAGCCCGUAUGCAAAUGGCUAUUACUGCAUGGAAAGAGAAAAAAGUUCAAUCAAAAUUGAAAGCCGCCCAGAUAUAUGGUGUCUCUGAAUCCUCCCUCCGCAAGCGGCUUAAUGGAAUCAAACCACGUACAGAAACACGUGCAAAUGGCCAUAAAUUGACAGAAUAUGAAGAAGAAGUGCUUGUCAAGAGUCUACUAGAUGCAGACAAGCGAGGAUUCUCAAUUCGAUACAAUCGAAGAAUCACAUACCAGCGGGCAAAACAAGAGGAUCCAAAGGUUCUUAAAGAGUGGUUUGAGAUUGUACGCAAGGUUAUCCAAGAACAUGGUAUACAUGAAGAUGAUAUCUGGAAUUUUGACGAAACUGGCUUUGCAAUGGGACUCUGCACAACAUCCAAGGUUAUUACUGCAGCAGAACGCAGUGAGAGACCUCGUACAGUUAUCCAGGGAAAUCGUGAAUGGGUCACAAUCAUUGAAUGUGUGAGCUCUAAGGGCAUUCUUAUUCCAGCGGCAAUUAUCUUGAAGGGGAAAGAACACCAGGCUGCUUGGUAUGAAGAGGAUAAUCUUCCCCUGGAUUGGAAGCUUACCAACAGUCCAAAUGGCUGGACAACUGAUGCGAUUGGUCUCAAGUGGUUAAAGCAAAUUUUUGAUCCUUUUUCAAAGCUGCAUUCAACUGGCGCGAAGCGGUUGCUUAUCCUUGAUGGUCAUUCAAGUCACCAAACUGCUGAAUUUGAUGAUUUCUGCAAGAACAAUUCAAUUAUCUGUCUUUGUAUGCCUCCACAUACAUCUCAUCUUCUUCAGCCCCUGGAUGUCGGGGUUUUUGGGCCGCUCAAACGCGCAUAUGGAAAACUAGUGGAAGGUAUGAUGGUGGCUGGAAACAACCACAUUGACAAGGAAGAUUUUCUACAUUUAUACCCUCCUGCACGCAAAGCAGCAUUUACCAAAGGGAAUAUAUGCAGUGGCUUUGCAGGUGCAGGUCUUAAACCAUUGAAUCAGGGUCGGGUUCUUGAGAAAAUCACCUUUCAACUUCGUACACCAACACCACCGCCAAAUCUAACUGAAGGCUCAAUCUCGUCUGCUUUUCAAACACCUCAAAAUCCUCGCCAGUUAGACCAUAAGGUUCGCAGCCUACAAAGAAGUCUUCGGAAAAAAAGGACACUUUCUAGCAGCCCAAUCUCUCAUAUUCAACAUCUUGAGAAGGCUGCACAGAUGGCGAUGAAUAUGAACCUCAUUCUACAAGAAGACAUCAAGGUUCUACGGGCUGAAAAUGAGCGGAAAAUGAAGAAGAAGGCAAGGAAACACACUUCUCUAGGGGAUGACCUCUUUAUCUCUGUACAGGAAGGCCGUGAGCAUAUUCAGCAGCUUGAUACUAUUCAGCAGCUUGAUGCACAGCUUAAUGAGCAACUUAAUGAUGCUACACCUCGCCAGCGAGCUCCACCACGCUGUAGUGGUUGUGGGAUUAUUGGGCACACUAUAAGGAGAUGUCCUAGUAAAUAG